GCCUGCGGCGCGGAGCCCGCAGCCGCCGUGCCUGUGGGCGCCUGGCGAAGUGGCGAAGCUCGGAUGCUGCCGAGCCGGAAGAGUUGGAGGAGGCAAGCCCAACGCAGCUCGAGCUGCAGCAUUUAAAAGCCAUCCAUGAGACCUUGCAGAAGGAGCACGAAGGACUCAAGAAGCAGCAUCAGGACCGCCCGAGCGGGGCUCAUGAAGAGAUCCCGGAAGGGAGGCUGCCACCUGUUCCAGAAGGCCCGGGUGUGCAAGAGCCGGUGGAAGGAGAGCCUCCACAAAUCCCAGAAGGAGCGGACCAGGAUCCGCCCGCAGCGCCAGGAGAACCUACGGCACCGGACGCACCAGCAGCGCCCACCGCACCAGAAAGCCCUCCACCACCCCCAGCCCCGAAGAAGUUGCUACAGCCGACGCCCAGCGCUGCCGCAAAAUGGGGCUGGUGGCGCAACAGCCGCGUGGUACCAGAGCCCGAUGCGGGCGCUUUCACCCGACAUGUGGUGCGCUUCAAGGACGGGGUGCAGCUGGGGCCGCCGCGCGUGGAGAGGGUUUGGCUGGGAACGGCGGAAGGUGCGCAAGGCUCGGGCUAUGCCAGCUCACUCCCAAAACCGCCGGCUGCGCCACCCGCCCCGCCCGCCCCCAGCACGCUGCCAGGCCUUCCCGAAGCCAUCGGCAGUGCCCCCCAAGCCUGGCAGCUCCAGGAAGUGUGGGAUCGUCUGAGCAAGCCGGCUCUUGUGCCCGUGAGCAUCCCGGGCUGCGCACACCUUAGCCCGGAGCUCGGAGUCCCCUUUGGGU